CGCACGCGUUACGUAAAGGAAGGCUGGGACUGCAAAGAAUCAAGAUGGCGGCUAUUUUGUACUCUCGUCUUUGCAUUAGAAACAGUGGCCGACUAGUGUGUUCGCUUGGAAGGCCUGUUCUCGCGUCAUCGACCGUUUCUUGCACUCCAAGGGUUCAAAGUGUGGUUCUGAAAAAGACUGUCCAUUCUUCGGCAAAUCACAAGGCUGAGCUUGAACUGUCCCCUUCUCAGCCAUCCACUCAUUGGAAAGGAGAACGUUAUGUUAGUGUUGCCCUUCUGACUUUGAUUCCUGCAGGAAUCAUUUACCCAUCAGCUGCAGUAGACUGGGCUCUUGCUGUUGUUAUUCCUUUGCACAACCACUGGGGUGUUGGUCAGGUGCUAACAGACUACAUACAUGGCUCAACAAUGCCGAAAGUUUCCAAGGGUAUCUGGUUGGCUGUGUCGAUAUUACAAUUCAUUGGCCUCUGCUAUUUUAAUUAUGCUGAUGUUGGUAUCUGCAAGGCUGUCAGUAUGAUCUGGCACAUGUAGAAAUACCAAGAGUGAUUGUACAUGACCUUCUGUUCUUACAGUUCAUGUUUGUGUUAAAACAGGUAGUUAAAGAAUUAGGAUGAGGAGACAAGAAGUGGUUCUCCAGUUUCUUAAUUAUUGGUCUGUGUGAGAUUGUAAGGGGUGAUGGAUGGUAAAAUCUGACACUCACCCUGAGAACAUGACAAAAUUUAAACUGGUCAGUUUGAGAUGAGAAGAUUUCUGCAAAAUCUGUGCCUGUGCCUGUGCCUGUGCCUGUGAAACCUUUACACCAUUUAGAAAGAGGAUAUGUAGUUUUAAUAACACAACAUUGAUGUACAUUUAAAAUUUCAUCCAUAAUUGUAACAGUAUCAGUGCUUGAUCUAGGAGAGGGUUCUAGGGGUGCUGCUCCCCUUCUCUGCAUAUUAACUAUUUAUUAACUAAGAGUGAGGUCUUGAUGGGAAAAUUUCAAACCUCGGCCUUGCCGUAUUGACCUUGGGUACAGCAAGGCAGAGGUUUGAAUUCUGUUAAGACUGAAUGUUUGAGGUUAAUGAGUUAUCUAUUAUAUGGCUUUUUGCUUUCCUUUUGCAUGCCCGUUAUUGGCCCAUGGCCAUUACGGUUGAAUAGUGCCCUAGAAUUAGCCAAUCAGUGUGCACGUUAUAUCAACUACAAACACAAGUCAUAUAGUAAACCUGAAUUACACAAGGCUUGAAGUUCUGAAAGGUUCCCUUUUUUGAGCACUCUAGGAUUCAUCUCCAAAUAUGUAACUAACUCCUACUCUGAUUACCAAUAAUUGGUUAGUACCAUCUAGUUCUAAACAGAAAUAGUUUGUCAUUAUUUUUCUUGACAUGGAAAGUUGAUCAAAUAGUUUUAAUUAAAAUUACUGUAGUAAUAAAAUUGUUAUUCUGUUGUUACACCAGACUUUCCUUGAGCAGUUACUAACAAAUAAAUGUUUUAAUAUAUGACUGUUAUAUGUGGUUGGCAGUCAAUUUGUUGAUACAAUUCAAGUAUACUAAACAGAAAUUCAAAGAUGGUAUAUCAAUUCCCCUUCCAGGGAAGUUCAUCAGAAUUCCCAAAUGGGAAGUGGAGUUUCACAAGCCAAAUUUUUUUAUUGACACCUGUGUCUGCCGUAACCGGUUGUGACAAGUGUUGGCCUUUGUUCCACUUCUGACAUCACCACCUUUCACCAAAAUUGGCAUCACUUACACUCAAGUUCUGUAGGAGGAAAAGAUCUCUCCAGUGAUACCCAGAUCAGAGUGAUUGGGUCAAAUGAGAUUGUUAUAUUUUCAAAAAUGCUAAGAAAUUUGACUGAAGAUCUCGAAGCAAAAUUUCCCUCAACUACACUGGGCCACUCCACGGUAAGAAUUGCCCAUCUGGGUGAUGCUUUCUGUGUAAUUCUUGAACUGGAAGCAAGCCUAGAAGAAGGUCAAUCACUGCAGCAAAAAGAUAAGAAAAGGAGAAAAAGGAAUGUCAAAAAAAAAACAGAACGGAAAAAACUAAAGGCCUUGGGUCACUCUCAAAAUUUUUAUUUCUGCGUAUGCCCAAGCAAAAAUGUCAUAAAACCCCCUGGGGAGGGGUUACUUCCAUUAAAAUUGGGUGGGGGUGUGCGGCCCUCUUCCCCAAACCCCUUUACCCUAUUUUUGACCAAAAUCAACGAUUUUCCUCACCCUAUUUAUGACCUGACUAAAAAUUUGAAUUUCCUAUUUAUGACCGUUACGGCUAGCGCAGUCGCCCUAACAUAGUUUAUGAAGGGCUUAUGUUGAUGAUCUUAUUGAUGAUGAAAAAGUAGCUUCUAAAAAAAACAUACCCAAUUUAAGACUAGAAAACAAAAAUCAUACCCUAUUUAUGACCAAAAUGGCCGAAAUCAGCUAAAAUUGAUCCCCUAUUUAUGACCAAAACGGAAGAAAAACCAUACUUUUUUAGGCCAGACAUACCUAUAUACCGGUAGCUCAUAUAAGGGAGUACCCCCCAGGAAAGAAAGGCAUGCUAUUAUGUUGCAAAUGCCUUUCUGAGUAGAUUGGAGCUAAUUUGGCUUGUAUCGAUGCUGAAAAUCUCCAAAAAAUGUACUUUUGCAAAGAAGCUCUAGGUGUCAAUGGGUUAAGUAGUAUCUCAAACACUAAAGAGAGAGAUUCAUGCAUCAGAUUUUUACGUAAAAGGAAUCGUAAAAGACAGAAACCAUUAACAGACCGUAACAAAUGAAGAACAUGAAACCUUUUGUGACAUUUUGGUAGGACAAUAAUGUUUUGACUGCUGCUCGUACUGGGUGGAGGAGCGGGGGGGGGGGGUGUGGCUACUAUGCAAUGAACGUGGCUGAAUGAUUACAACAUGGCCCUGAAAUGUGAUCUAGAUGGUCUUAGAUACCUUCCUCCCUCUUCCUCUACAUACAAAAACCUGGCGAGGUUUGCGGAAAAUAGGGUAAUAUGAUAGGGCAAAUAUGAAAUCAACACCUUGGCAAAGUUUGUGGAAAAUAGGGCAACCUUGCUCAAAGGAUCGCUUGGUUUCCAAGCCUUAAUUCAAACGGCCCGGUUACGCAGCGUUACACCUGUUCGCGCCGGGCUCGUCAUCUAUUAAUUUGACUUCCUGUAAAACAAAAGAUCAAGCGAGCAAAUGAUGGAAAUGGUUUCCAUCAUGGAUCUCAAGAAAGAAAGAGAAUCUUCAUGAUAAUGUGGUUAAAUUGUACUUAGCUCUAAAGUGGUGAAAAGCGUUAAUUGGCGCGAAGUUGCCGCCAAGCGCAAACCGUCCGGAAAAUUAUUCUACGGUUAAUUCGCAUGCAUUUCGUGAAAUGACCGACGAAAAUCAGUUCUGUAGUAACUUCAAAAGGAAAACAAAGGACGCAGACAGAUAGGAAAACUUCUCUAGAGCAGAGAAAUGGAAUUCGACCACGUCUUACGGAUAAUUGGUGAAUUUGGACCUCAUCAAAGGAGAUUGUAUGCUUUGCUAAACUUGUCGCUUAUUCCCGCUGCAUUUCAGCUUCUUUUACAAGUUUUCGUUGGCGCGGAGCCAAGUUGGGUGUGUGUAAAUUCUUCCUCGAACGAAACAUGCCCGAAGAAUAAAUCACACUGUUUGGACAUGCAGUAUACUUCGAAAUUUACUUCAAUCGUUACAGAGUGGAAUCUUGUUUGUGAAAAUGCUUACAAAGCUGACUUGGUUCAAUCAAUCCUUAUGGCUGGGACUUUGUGUGGAGCUCUAAUUUUUGGAGCAUUAGCAGACAAAUAUGGAAGGAGAAAGAUUUGGUACAUUUCAUUUACAGGGCUUGUUAUAUUUGGCUUUGCAAGUUCAUUUGCUCCGACCUACAGAAUAUAUGCUUUACUCCGAUUUCUGACUGGAUUUUGUAUUGGUGGUGAAAUAUUAUCAGCAUUUGUGCUGGCAACUGAAUUGAUAGGUCCUUCGUACAGGGGAUUUGCUGGAACAAUGGCACAAUGCUUUUUUACAACAGGACUAUUGAUUCUUCCCAUUGUAGCAUAUCUUGUUCGUGACUGGAGGACGUUAUCUGUUCUGCUUUCUUUACCAUUUUGUGUUUUUAUAUUGUUUUUUAGAAUUGUUCCCGAGUCAGCUCGGUGGCUUGUAAUUCGUGGUCGUCUAGCUGAAGCUGAAGAUAUCCUAUGUAGUAUAGCGAGAAAAAAUGGCAUAGCUGUUCCUAAGAUUCUGCUUCAAGUUAGUCGUCCAUUGUCUGUUGUUGGAAACCGAUAUGGCUGUCUGGAUCUGCUGUCUAAUUUAAAGAUUGCUAAAAUUACAAUAGUUCUGUUCUACUUAUGGUUUGUGAACACGCUGGUGUACUAUGGCUUAUCUCUCAACACCAAGCAUCUGGGUGGCGACAUUUAUAAGAACUUUUUCUUGUCAAGCCUUAUGGAGGUCCCUGCAUACUUAACGAGUGUUUGUCUCAUUAAUUGGGUGGGACGCCGUCGAAGCUUGUGUUAUUACAUGAUGAUAGGAGGAGCAGCAUGCUUGGUUUGUUUAUUUUUUCAAACAGGUACUAAACCUGUCUACAGGGUGUUGACAACUGUGUUUGCUAUGAUUGGCAAGUUUGGAAUCUCUGCUUCGUUUGCUGUCAUUUAUAUUUAUUCAGCGGAACUUCUCCCUACAGUAGUAAGAAAUGUUGGAAUGGGUGUGUGCUCCAUGGCAUCUAGACUUGGGGGGAUUUGUUCCCCUUUUGUGGUUUUCUUGGGGAUCUACACUCGCCCUUUACCCAUGAUGAUAUUUGGAAUGUGUUCAUUUGCGGCGGGGUUGUUGAGCCUGGUAUUGCCAGAGACUUUGAAUAAGCCACUUCCUGAGAGCUUAGAAGAGACUGGGUUUGAGGGUGUGGAAGGCAUGUCAUAUGAGCAGUUGGAAAUGGAGCAGUUCACGCAUGGUUAUAGUGAUCAUGACGACGCAUUCCAAGCCAAUGACUCUGAUUUUGAUGACGACAUUGUAAAUGAAAAGACAACAUUUAUUUAAGUAUAAUUGUAAUGAAUUAUAUUUAAAUAAAUAAUUAUUAUAAAUUUAUAAUUAUUUAUUAUUAUCUGUAAUCAUAAUAAUUUAUUGUAAAAAAUAAUGCUUCAAUUUCAAAGAACUUAUUUAAAGAAUAGGAAAUAAUAAAGAAUUUUUGCUGCACCAGAAUGGGGCAGUUUGACAUGCCACAGAAGCUUAUGAAAAGAUACCUAAGAUAUACCUAAAAGAUGAAAGUUACCUACCACAAACAAGUGCUUCAAAGUAUCAUUUUGUAAACAGUAAAUGAUUUGGCUUUCAGUGUUGACAUUGUUGACUAUUAUGGCAAAGAAACCUUUUGUUUGAAGUACAUAGUAUUGCCUUUUGUUGGUAACAUUUAGUGUUGAUGGGUGCAAUUCAAGUUCGUCUUGUUGCAAGUCUAAAAUUAUAUGAGGUGGGAUGGGGGAGAGUUAUGAAAACUCUGUUUAUUCCCUGAGGAAGAUUAAUGCAACUAUUUUUUAAAUGCUGCUAAGGUAUUGGGUUAAUUGCUGGUCUCUUAGCCAGGUCCCACUCUGUCUACUGUUUGGCUGGGGGACACCUGGGUUGAAGAUCAAGGUAUUUUGAAGAAGUCCAUGCUGUUUAUUUAUUGCCCAUGUUUCAUUUGUUUUGUUUUAUUUACUUUUUUGAGCAUUGCAAGAAAUUCAUUUGAAAGUACUGGUACUUUGGACAGGCCAAUACUGUGUGGCUAAAUCAUUUCGAAGUUGUUAUUUAAAAAGUCUGUGAAAGUAGUCAACAGUUGUUUAGUUAGACAGUAACAGAACGGUAUCGUAUUUGACUUUUUAGUGUCAUAAAUAAUGGGGUUCAUAUAUUUGGCAACUGUUAUAUAACUUAGACUUUACAGUACUUAUGCUGUUGCAAAAUUACUCAGAGGAAUUUAAUGUAUGCAUGUCACAUGCUAAGUAUUUAAAAUAGUAGAGAAAUACGAAGGAAAGAUUACAUUUGAUAGAUUGACAGUAUUUAUUAACUAUUUGUCAGCAAGUUACUAUCUUUUAUUUAGCUUUUAAAAAAGAUUGUGAUGUCAAGUGUAGAUAUUUUGAACAAAAGAGAGCAGAAUUUUCACAAAAAAUAACACUGAUCUUUAUGAAACUGAAUAAAAGUCAUGUUGGCCAA